GUCGUGUAUGUAAAUCCUCUCCAGUUGUGAGGAUGAGCUGCCCAGGGCCGAGCAGUGGGACAAACAAAGCAGCUGAACUCUUUGAGGACUUGUGGAGGCGACUUGGAGAGUGUCACCAGAAUUCACUUCAAGAACUGGGGGAAAAAGUGGUCAAGUUGAAGAAGGACCGCUGUUUAGAUGCUCAGAGGCUCGAGGUGUUUUACAGUCGCAACCAGCAGCUGAAGGAGCAGAACACAAGCCUGCAGGAUGCCAUCAGCCUCCUGGAGGAAAGGCUCCGAGCAGGAGAAUGUGAUCGAUGUGCCGUGCUAGAGGAGAACCUGAAAAACGACCAGGAACAGAAUCUGCGUCUCAUCGCUGAACUGAAGAAUGAAAGAAACGGCCUGAAGGAUGAAAACAGAAAACUACAAGCUGAAGUGCAGAACUUAAAGAUGGCUUGCUCAGAGCUCCAACGGGCCUCAACCCCAGAACAGGAGGAAGGCUUCAUCCCAGACUCACCAGUAAUGGCGAGCUCGCUGCCCGUGGCGAACAGACUGAAGAAACGUAAAAAUAUGGACAAAAGCCGGCGCCUUCAAUACACAGAGCAGCCUCUAACCCAGAUCAACAACUCGCUCUUCAGUGAGCUGAAUAAGAAGCCUGUUGAUGCCGCAAAGAAUCCUGGAAGAGCAGAAGUGCUUGUACCCGAAACAUGUGUCCUGGACUCGUCCCAGAUCUCAAAUGAUGUGAUUCCUGAUAGAGAUGAGGUGGUCGCGGAAACAUGCGGCUUCGAUCUUCUUGUCAAGCAUCACAUGAAAAGUGAAGUGGUUGCAGCGCAGCCGAGAAGCUUGAAGCCUCCCUGGAAAAACAACGUUUCUUUAAAACCCUGUGGCUCCUCCUCCACACUGAUCCACAGUCCAGACUCUACUUCGGAAAGGUCCCUGUCUCUCCUCCCCCGAGUCAAGAGGUUAUCAGUGGACGGCUCCAUUCAAAAUGCUAAAAGGAAGAAGGAGGAAAUUCAGAGGAAAGAGGACACGAAACACAGGAUCCAGGAGCGGGUGGACGCACAGAAGGAAGGCAAACACAUAGAGCCCGAAGUGAUCGAGCGCACCUCCACACCGAAUCAAAGUCUCAUGAAGCAGCCACCGGACAGCAAGGAUACAGAGAAACAGGUUCAUUCAGGACAAAAGGAGCCCAAUGUUUUUCCUGCAAGUCCAGUUUUCAAGAAACCAGACGGGAAGCGUAAAGGAUCGGGGGACGGUGUUGGGAGGAGAAGAAACGCAUCACAUGACCAACAUGAAGCAGAGAAUGGCGAGUUGCUGUCCUUCACAGUGGAGCCCAUGUGGAGCAUUGACCCUGCGCUCGCCCUGUCCAUGUACGACAGCGAGCAGAGAGGAGACGAGCAAACAGAGGAACAGUGUCAUGAAGAACUCGAGGACACCGACUGCACUUGGGUUAGUCACAGUUUACUCCAGGGUCGGGGAGAGAAUGACCGGGACAGAGAGGACAGUGUUACAGGACUCGGCGGAAAGGCGAAUGACAGUUUGGACAUGAUGUUUGACACUUCGGCUAAUGGGGAAUACAAGUCUUUCACCUGUUCACACGUAGGCCAAAGCCAGCACUGUGGUGGUGGGGAUGAUGAUGAUGAUGAUGAUGAAGAAGAGGAGGAAGAAGAAGAAGAAAAGGACGAUAAACGAGAUGCUCCUGAAAACUCUCCAGGUCAAAGCAAAUCACGACAACCAACAUUUGCUCAUGUGGUGGUAGUUCGUAAGAAAGACGAGAGAAGAAAACUGAAGGGCACUACCUGCAAGGAAUGUGAAAUUUAUUAUGCUCAUCUCCCAGAGGAGGAAAAGCAGAAGAAGUUGUCCGCCUGCUCGAGGCACCGCUUUCUUUACAUUCCUCCUUCUACUCCGGAAAACUUCUGGGAAGUUGGAUUCCCAUCCACACAAACAUGCAUUGAUAGAGGUUACAUCAAUGAGGAGAAGAAACCCCAGGUUCGCUCACGGAGAAGAACACCCUUAAAUGCUUUUUUCUCCCCAAAGCAGAAGAGCUGAAGAAGUUUGACUUCAUUUACAGCAAGUAAAUAACAUGAGAGAAGAAGUUUAUUACUGUAUUUAAACUUCACUGAGGACAGUGAAGCUUUCACCUGACUGUACAGACUGUAGAUACUAUGUGUGCUUGUGAUGUGAUUAGAUAAAUAAAAGUUACUAUAUGCCUUAA